GCGCAGUAGCGCGCAUUCUGGGAGUGUCGAGGCGGCAUUCACUACCCGGCGUCAGAUCAGCGCUAGUGUCUGGUUAACGGGUUAGUAGGACCUACUCGCGGCGUAAUAACAGCGGACUGGGAAAAUACGGAAUAUGGCUGUGUCUAUGUGACGAGACGUGUGUGUGAGAGAGUGAAAGAGAAAGAAAAAUGAUACUGAAUUUUUUACUCAGCAGCCUGGAGCUGAACUGAACGACCUCGGGAAUAUACCGGAUUUAUACCGGUAUUUGUUGUCUCUGGUGUCGCUUUUUGUUCUCGCGGUCAGACACUUUCUGCUUCUUAUCUUAAGAAUAACACCGUUGCCUUUUAAUAAUGUCUUUAUUUUCGUUGUUUUAUCUGUGGGUCUUUUGAAAACAAACAAACAAACAAAAACCCCAGCAGAGCCUCGGCUAACUGUCGUGUAUCCUCACGGAAAUCCUCGGAAUAACCGACUCGUCUUUCUCAUUAGCGCUAAUUGCAGAGAAAACGGCUACGAUUUCCAGAAGUGAACUACUUGACUCUCUCUUGCUUUCUUUUUCGUAUUGACUGUCGCAAAAAGAGAAUUUCCUCAUUAUCUCUAACCUCACCAAAUAGAGUAUUAUACUAAUAAAAGACGUUAUUAUUGCUGCUGUUGUUUUUAUUUUGUCCUUUGAAACAUGGCGGACCUUUUAUACAGCUCUUAGUUUAAGUCUGGUUUAAGUAGAUGAGGAUGAAGGUAACUCCUCCAGGUGUGGUGUUAUGAGCCCUAGAUGCCAGUCACGUGCUGUGGGCGUGUCCAUCACUGCGCGUCUCCUAGGAGACUGAUGGACAAAACGGGAAUUGGAAUGUGCCUAAGUCAGCCCCAGUCCAAGUCAAAGGUCUCCGGGGUGCCAAUGCUGCGGCCUGCCCAGAGUCUGGAGGGCGUGGAGGAGAGGGACGAGGAACAGGAGGAUGAUGGAGAGGAAGAUAUGCGAGAUGGUGGGAUUCCGUUCAUCGUGAACCGGGGAGGGUUGCCAGUGAAUGAAGAAACGUGGGAGCGGAUGUGGAAACACGUGACCCGGAUUCACCCAGAAGGAGAAGAAGUGGAGAAGAGGAUCCGGGGAGCCACUGACCUGCCCAAGAUUCCUGUACCUACUGUGCCUACAUACCAGCCAACCACCAGUAUUCCACAUCGCCUGGAAGCCAUACAGACGUACAUCAGGGACUUGCAGUACAAUCAUACUGGAACCCAGUUUUUUGAGAUCAAGAAGAGCAGACCUCUCACAGCGUUAAUGGACAUAGCAAAGGAAAUGACCAGAGAAUGUCUACCAAUCAAAUGUUUGGAGGCUGUAAUCCUUGGAAUUUACCUCACCAACAGUAUGCUAACUGUGGAGCGCUUCCCCAUCAGCUUUAAAACUCAGUUCUCAGGGAGCCACUUCCGCCACAUUGUGUUGGGGAUCCACAGCGGCGGCCGGUUCGGGGCUCUCGGGAUCAGCCGGCGCGUGGAUCUGAUGUUCAAACCGCUGAAGUACCGCACACUUGCAGACCUCCUGCAGGAGUUUCAGACUGCCUAUAAGGGUUACUGGCACACACUGCGCAAAGUAAAGAUCGGCCAGUACGUGUCGCACGACCCACACAGCGUGGAGCAGAUCGAAUGGAAGCACUCGGUGUUGGACGUUGAAAAGCUUUCGAAAGAAGAGCUGAGGAAGGAGCUGGAGAGGCAUACGCGUGACAUGAGGCUCAAGAUUGGCAAGCCUGCACCUGUUUCACCCACCAAGGACAGAAGGAAAGACAUGGGAUCUCCUCUUCGUAACCCAGGCAGCCCCAUGCGCAAGAACGGCCGCAGUGAGAGGAGGCUAUCAGGUGAGAAGAAGUCUCUGGAUCCAAAACCCCCAGCUGAUAUGAACGGAUACCAGAUCAGGGUGUGAGCGAAGUCUCCUAUGUUUGAACCAUACAAUUCACAACAAACUGCCUGGCAGCCAAACCUGUUCUGAGUAGAUAAACUGAUACAGGACAAAGUCUGAAGAAGACAUUUUAAAGGACAAAAAUGCUUUUAAACACAUGGGACAACACAUCAUGGGUGAACUCCUGUCAUAAAAUAGUAGUAAUGUAAAACUUUGCUAACGUGAUGCCAUGUCACUUGUAACAAAUCAGCUGAGCAGCUCCACUUCAAGCAACCAGUUUUGUAGAGACUCGACCGAGUUGUAAAUUCACUGCACUCAGCUACUUCCUAACUGUGUAAAUAUGGCAGUGUGCGUACCUGUUUAUCUUGUUCUCGUGUUUAUUCCCCCCCAUAGUUUUUAAUCCACUUGUCAGGUGCCUUGUAAACGCCUCACAAUCAAGCCACCCUUCUGUUAACACUGCUCACGGGGUUUGAUUUGCUCGACACUCAACGCAUCUUUCAGAUCAUCUGAAGGCAGGCAGCUGCUGGUUACGCCAACGAUCUGAAAAACAACUUGUUAUUGUUGCCUCUCUAAACCAAAUAUACAAGAUUUAAUAUGUUUAGAAGAGGCAAAUCCAGCAUAUAGUGUCCGUGGUCAAAUCGGUCACAGCGGUUUUAGAAUAUUAUUUAGACCUAGUCCUGACUAACAUGGGUCAAUUUAAAACUGCUUUUUGAAUCCACGCUUCAAUGUAGAUAAAGUGAAAAUGCCGUAGUGUGGCUAGAAAAGCUGAUGUGUCAUUGACUACGUUUACAUGGACGGCACUAAUCUAAUUAUUGAGCUUAUUCUGAAUAAGACAAUAUUGUGAUUUAAGGUGUUUACAUGAGUCGCUUUUAGAAUAUUGCUUUCAUGUUCAGGUUUUACAUGUUAUAGAACAUGGAUCGAUUAACGACACACGUCAUUACGUCCCCACGCCACGCCGUCCGACGUUCCCUCCAGAAUUUCAUGUAGGAACAUAUAUUUCGUCUUUGUUAUGGUACCGUAUACAUUUCUGGGUGUUUCAUUUGUAAUUUUUUACGAACGCUUCAAGCGCGGUAAAUUAUUUGUCAUGAUAUACCUGCAAAUAGACGACUGCUUGAAGCCAUGGGCUGCAUCCCAAACCACAUACUUAGCCACUAUAUAGUAGCCGAUACACAUGUAUUUUACCUACUAUAUACUGUAGCAGGUAAGUACGUGGUUUGGGACGCAGCCGUGCUCUCUUGUUUGCCGUAAAACGGUCGAGCACUGCCGUGUGAUCGUGUCCUGUCGCAAAAUGCGGUGAAAACUCCCACACGACGUUAAUAGUGUGAUUUAAGGUGUGUACACAUCUGUAAUACACGUCGAUAAUGCGACUAAAACAGGAAUACUCCACGUCUUAAUUCGAUUUGUGUUUACUUCGAUUAUGAAUUUAAUCAGAUUAAGGUAAUAAAAAAAUGGCUGUUUACAUGCUAGUUUCUUAAUCAGAGUAUCGUCUUAAUCGGGUUAAUAUCGGAUUAUUGCCCAUGUAAACGUACUGACUGUAUUUUGAUCACCACAAUUCUAAGAUUGCAGAACCUGUUACGAUGCUGUAUUCUGUAUGAUCUUUUCAUAUUCGACUGCUUUGUAUAGAACACAAGCAACGCUGUGCCGUGUAACAGUGUUUUAAUGUUUUUAAUGGUCACAGUCCAGUGGAUGUCGGUGUGCUUGGAAGAGUUAUCGGUUGUACAUUUAGCAUCAAAAGGAAUGAAAAUGACUGAACUGACGCAACGGUCAUGGGUCAGACUCUCAGCAUGCUGUUUUCCAUCGCUUAACCAUUUAAUUGUGGAAAGUUUGGGAAUUGGACUGAAGAUACCAGUGUGGCCAAACAUUAGCCUUACCUAUCUCCACUAUUUAAGCAGCCACAUUUGACUGAGUUUUUGUUACUUUUAUAAUAGAUGUGUUAUUUUAAGUUUUAAGUGCAAACGAUGUCUUUUUUUUUUUUUUUUUUUUUUUUUUUUUUUUUUGUAUUAAACGUUGGCAUUCUAACAAUUUUCAAAUGCAGUCGAAUGUGCUCACAAGUACAAGGUUUGAUUCCUUUUAGCAAAGUAAGUUUUCUUAAAGUUUUAAAAAUAUAUGAAUGAGCAUGUGUUUUUGCUCAAUAAUCAGACCUUCACUAUUAGACAUCGCGUUGCAAAGGCCACUUAUCCUGCACCACAUACUGCAACAGUCCCUCCAGGAUGGAAUUAAUGCAAAAUCAAGGGAACUCCACAAUAAUGGCAGGAGCUUGCAAUUUCUCAAAAUUACUGCAGAUUUUGGCCAAGACGCAUUGACGUCAUCACAACACACACGAGUACAGCUACCAACAAACUUCACUGCACAAUUUUGCGCAAUUGAAAUUUUGCCAAUUCAAGUAGUUUUCUGUGUAAAAGUACAAAAAAAAAAAGUCUGCAGAUUGCAUUGCAAAUUUAGCAAACAGUUGCAACAACAGCAAGCAUUUUUGGCUUCAACAAAACAUUCUAUUAAAUCCUUUAUGGACUGACUGCAACUGUCAUUUAGAUUCUCAUUUUAAUGAUCUUUUAACAUUUGUAGCUUCAACUGUAACUCGGAACAACACCGAAUGUUGAUUUGUGGUAUUGGUGGGUUACGACUGAAAUACACAUCACCACUAAGCUUAAGAGAAUACUUAGACUUUAGCAUUUGAAAAUGCAACAAACCUUUAAUCAAGUCAUCAGAACCAAGAACACACAGAAUAGGAUUUCA